AUGGGAACCUGCACCUCAAAACCACCAAAGCCAAACCCCUACGCCUCCAGAGACCCAAAUGACCAAUCUGACCCUUCCCAAACCCCCAAAUCCCUCCCCUCCCAAACCCCCAACCACAAUUCCAAAAACGACGCCGUUUCCGGCCCCAGACAGUCACACUCCCAGUCGCCGUUCUUCCCCUUCUACAGCCCAAGCCCGGCCCAUUACCUCAAGAAGUCUCCGGCCACCAACAAGAGCAAGAGCGCCGCUUCCACGCCCAGCCGUUUUUUCCGGCGACCCUUCCCGCCGCCGUCACCGGCGAAGCACAUUAAGGCCGUGCUGGCGCGGCGGCUGGGCAAAAAGGCGACGGCUUCGGUGUCGAUACCGGAGGACGGUGAAGAUGAGGAUGGGGUUGAUCUGGACAAGAGGUUUGGGUUCUCUAAGGAACUGACGAGUAGAUUGGAGGUUGGGGAUGAAGUGGGGCGAGGGCAUUUUGGGUAUACUUGUUCUGCUGUGUUCAAAAAGGGUGAGUUUAAGGGCCAGCAGGUAGCUGUUAAAGUCAUCCCUAAAGCAAAGAUGACAACUGCUAUUGCAAUUGAGGAUGUGAGAAGGGAGGUCAAAAUAUUACGCGCCUUGACCGGACAUACAAACCUAGUUCAGUUCUAUGAUGCAUUUGAAGACAGUGAUAAUGUCUACAUAGUAAUGGAGUUGUGUGAAGGUGGGGAGCUUUUGGAUAGAAUACUUUCAAGGGGCGGAAAAUACUCUGAAGAUGAUGCAAAGACUGUCAUGGUUCAAAUACUGAAUGUUGUUGCAUUUUGUCAUCUUCAGGGUGUGGUGCACCGCGAUCUUAAGCCAGAGAACUUUUUGUAUACUGCUAAGGAUGAGAGUUCGCCAUUGAAAGCCAUAGACUUUGGCUUAUCAGAUUUUGCCAAACCAGAUGAGAGGCUUAAUGAUAUUGUCGGAAGUGCAUACUACGUGGCUCCUGAGGUUCUACAUAGAUCUUAUAGUACGGAGGCUGAUGUAUGGAGUGUAGGUGUAAUUGCAUAUAUUCUUUUAUGUGGUAGUCGGCCAUUUUGGGCUCGGACAGAGUCUGGAAUUUUUCGGGCGGUCUUGAAAGCUGAUCCCAGUUUCGAUGAAGCACCUUGGCCUUCAUUAUCUCUUGAAGCGAAGGACUUCGUCAAACGCUUAUUAAAUAAGGACCCUCGUAAGCGAAUGACAGCUGCUCAAGCAUUAAGUCAUCCUUGGAUGAGGAAUUAUAAUGAUGUAACAGUGCCCCUUGAUAUUUUAAUAUUUAGACUCAUGAAGAUGUACAUGCGAUCGUCAUCCCUUCGAAAGGCUGCUUUAAGGGCGCUGUCUAAGACAUUGACUGUGGACGAACUCUUUUAUCUGAAGGAGCAGUUUGCACUAUUAGUACCAAACAAGAAUGGCACCAUCACUCUUGACAAUAUUAGAAUGGCUCUAAUGAAAAAUGCUACAGACGCAAUGAAGGAGUCUCGCAUUCCUGAUCUUAUUGCAUCGCUAAAUGCACUUCAAUACAGAAGAAUGGAUUUUGAGGAAUUCUGUGCAGCUGCACUAAGUGUGCAUCAGCUUGAGGCACUUGAUCAAUGGGAACAACAUGCCCGAUGUGCAUAUGAACUUUUUGAGAAGGAUGGAAACAGGGCAAUUGUCAUUGAAGAACUUGCUUCAGAACUUGGGCUUGGUCCCUCCAUUCCAUUACAUGUGGUUCUCCAUGACUGGAUUAGGCACACUGAUGGGAAGCUAAGCUUCCUUGGGUUUGUAAAAUUGUUGCAUGGUGUCUCCAGCCGGACAUUUGUGAAGGCUUAGUGAAGAUAUGCAGUAGUAUUUAUGUGUUUUAGCGAAUUGGAAUGAACAUGUGUUGCAUAAACUUGGUGCACCUAAUGAUUGAUCUUCGAGAUUUGGAGGUCUGGCAAGAUGGUCCUUUACAAUCCGCAUUCGCAACACCUGGUGAAUUGGAGUAAGCAAUUCAUCAGUAUUAGAAGUUCCCCGACACUGCUGGUGCAAGCUUGGUUACUGGUUUGAAUGAUGCCUUGAUCUUGAGUGUAAAGAUGUAGUUAGUUUGCCUAAAUGGGCGGUUACAUAUUUAUUCUUCAACUUGUUUGACGAUGCUGCUUUGUAUACGUUAAGUUACUGUCUGCAAUAUCUGUCUAGUUCUUCUAAACGUUCUUCAACUAGUUCAAAACAAA